AUGGCAGACCACGACCCAACCAACACCGACAAGAAAUCCGAGCCGGGUCAACAUGUUCGACCCAUCGGCGAGGUUCCAAUCUACAAUGACCUCGAACGCACCGAGUCGCCACACAUUUCCGUCGGCGAUAUCCUGAAGGGAACUGCCAUCACUCCUCUCACCACUUUCGAGAAGAAGGCUGCUCUGAUCAACGCCGAGUUCGAUAAGUUCGGUCUCGGAAAGUACCAGAUCUGCAUCUGGUUUCUUUGCGGUUUCGGCUAUUUCCUGGAUCUCGCAUGGGCACAGGGCGUUGGCUUGAUUGCGACAGCAGUCUACCAGGAGAUGAACGUCCCGGAUGCACGAACUGCAGACAUCUGGAGUUGCGCAAAUGCUGGUUUGGCUCUCGGCGCUUUCAGUUGGGGAAUUCUCGUCGAUAUCAUCGGCCGACGAUGGGCUUUCAACCUGACAUGCUUGAUCACAUCGGUCUUCGGUCUGCUUUUGGCUGCCCCGAAGAACAACUAUGGCGCGAUCUGCGGUAUCUACCUUCUGGCCUGUAUUGGCCUUGGCGGCAACAUUCCCAUCGAUGCCACCAUCGCGCUUGAGUUCCUGCCGCAGAACCGUCGCAACCUGGUCACGCUGCUGUCAUUGUGGCAGCCUGUCGGCGUCGUCGUAGCCAGCGGCAUCGCUUAUGGUACGGCCGCCAAGUGGCGUUGCAACCCAGAGCUGCCUGCUUGCUCGGCUGUCGGCUCUGGCGAAGCUUGCUGCACAGUCUCCAGCAACAUGGGUUGGCGUUACGAGGUGAUCGUCCUGGGACUGAUGACCUUGACGGUCUUCUUCCUGCGCUUCUUCGUCUUCCGUUUCCACGAGUCGCCGAAGUUUCUGCUCAGCAAGGGCCGCGAGGCUGAAGCCAUUGAAGUUUUGCACAAGAUUGCAAAGUUCAACAAGGCACCUCCUCCGACGUUGACAGUCGAGCAUUUCCAGGCUAUCGAUGAGAUGGAAUCCAACGCCAGUCGCAUCGACCAGCCAGCGACUGCCAACGCUCAUCUUCUGCCUUCUGGCGAUCGCUACAUGGGUGAUUACUGGUCCUUCAACUUGGCAGGUGCAUACUUGCCGAUUGUCCUCCUCCGCCACAAUGUCUCGUCAGGCACUGGAACCGUUGAAGAUACGUACCGACAGUACGUAUACAUCUACCUGCCAGGAAUCAUCGGCGCAGUCCUUGGCUUGUUCUCCGUCCAGCUACCACUGGUCGGUCGCAAGUGGUCGCUGGUAUUCUCUGCCGCUAUGCAAGGUCUGUCCAUGGCGUUGUACACUCAGGUCCGGACCACGGCUGGAUACGUGGGCUUGAAUGCUUUGGAGUACAUUAUGCAGACGUACUUCAACGCCGUCCUUUACGCAUCUGCGCCAGAGCUGUUCGAUACAGCAUAUAGAGGCAGCGCCACGGGCAUGUUGUCAUGCCUGGGCAGAAUUGCUGGCAUUGUCGCACCUUUCGCUGGUGCGGAAUAUCUUGGCGACAAGAGCAGCGGCAUUCUUUGGCUUGCUGCAGGAGGUAUCUGGGUGUCGGCGUUCAUCCUGGUGUUCCUGCCCGUCGAGAUGCGAAACCGCCAGAUGUUCUAA